AAACAUAAACAGUUUUCCCCUGGGAGUAAAGGUUCUCUGUGGAAUUAUAAAACUCCAUAGAAACCAAGAGAUCCCUAUCUCCUUUCCCCUUGUUUUGAAAGUGAUUCUUUAUGUUCUCUUGCCCUGCUUCUCUAUGGAAUUUCGAUCCUGUGGUUUCUAAAGAGACGGGUCACUCAUUUUUCUCCACCUUUUCGCUGAUAAGCAGAUUCGCCAACUGGCUUCUUCUCUCCCCCCCUCACAACUCUUUUUAACCUCCUUAUAAGUAGCCUUAAUUUGUAACAUAAUUCUACAAGUGAAAGCGUGAAAGCCACAAGCUCCACUUAUUCAAAUAACAAAUUACAACCUUUCCCAUCCCUCCCUAACCUUCAAAGAAACCAAAUCAAAUCUAGUCCUUCCUCUCUUUUCCUUUCAAAUCUCUCAAACUGAUAUAAAUCUAUACAAUGGCUUCAAGCAGGAAUAUGAACACACCAUGGACAGGAAAACAGAACAAGCAAUUCGAGAGGGCUCUUGCGUUGUAUGACAAGGAUACCAAAGAUCGUUGGCAGAAUGUUGCUAGGCUUGUGGAAGGGAAAUCAGCCGAAGAAGUCAAGAGGCACUAUGAGAUCCUCCUUGAGGAUCUCAACCGAAUUGAGGCAGGUCGUGUCCCUAUUCCUAACUACAGGCAAUCCACCGGUAACUCCAUGAACUUCAAUGAGGAGCAAAGGCAGCUAAGGUAUCUCAGGUUGCAGUGAAGUUGUAACACCAAGUGCAAUAGCUACGAUUUUGUCUGGAACAGCCUCUUAUGUUCCUUUAUCCUUUUCCUGUAAUUGCAGUCUAAAAGGGUCUUACUUGACCACGGCUUCUGUAAUGCUGUAUCAAUGUGUAUUAUAAGUAUUUUCGAAUGACUUGAUUUCAUGAAA